AUGCUGAAAGAUAAAACAUGGAGAUUGGAGAAUGGAACAUCUAUUACUGAAUUCAUUAUAUUGGGCUUCUCAAAGCUCCCAGAAAUGAAGAUUUUUCUUUUUGUGGUUUUUGCAUGUCUCUACUUCUUCACAGUACUUGGCAAUAUCACCAUUACUGUGAUCACCAGUGUUGAUGCUGCCCUUGACACUCCCAUGUAUUUCUUCUUAAGGAACUUAUCUCUCGUGGAACUGUGCUUCACUUCAGUCACUGUACCUAACUUGCUAGCAAAUCUCCUCUUGGAAGAAGGCAGAAUCUCUUUUAUUGGGUGUGCAUCACAGCUGUAUUUCUUUUUAGUGUUUGCUGUGACUGAGUGCUUUCUCCUCUCUUUCAUGUCGUAUGACCGCUAUGUGGCCAUUUGCAUCCCAUUGCGGUAUACAACCAUCAUGAACAAGAGAUUUUGCAUCCAGCUGUCAGUGGCAUCUUGGGUUGUUGGAUUGUUAAUUGCUGCAGGACACACCACCUUCAUCUUCACCCUACCCUUUUGCAGGUCCAACAUAAUUAACCAUUUCUUUUGCGAGAUCCAGCCAUUGCUCAUGCUAGUUUGUGGCAACACCUAUUGGAAUGAAGUCCAAGUCAUUGUGGCUGCCGGUGUAGUACUGAUGUUGCCCUUCAUCCUUAUUCUGGUGUCUUACAUCCAUAUCAUCAUCACUAUCUUGAGGAUGAAGUCAGCCAAAAGCAGGAGGAAAGCUUUCUCCACUUGUUCCUCUCACCUCAUUGUAGUAACCCUGUUCUAUGGCUCAGCCCUCUUCAUGUAUGGCCGACCUAAGUCAAAUUACUCUUUGGAUACUGACAAAUGGCUUUCCCUAUUCUAUUCUGUCAUUACUCCAGUACUGAACCCUAUAAUAUACAGUUUCAGGAACAAAGAAGUAAAAGGAGCCCUGAGGAAACUGGGUGCUAAAGUCUUCCUUACAUCAAAAGGAUAA